CAAUUGCGAAAUGAAGCUGAUAUCCACCGAAUUUUGCAUCCAAAUGCUGAAUGCAAAGGUAUUGCUUCUUUGUCUGGUCGCGUCAAGCUCAGCGCAGGCAUCGGUAGCACACAUUGAAGCGAACCCGGACGCUAAGAGACUGUACGAUGAUUUGCUUAGCAAUUACAAUCGUCUGAUACGACCAGUGGUUAACAACACGGAAACGCUCACUGUAUGGCUUGGUCUGAAGUUGUCACAGCUUAUUGAGGUUAGCCUGCGAAAUCAGGUGAUGACCACGAACCUGUGGGUUAAGCAGAAAUGGUUCGACUACAAACUGAAGUGGGAUCCGGAAGAGUACGGUGGCGUGGAGAUGCUGUACGUACCGUCGGAACAGAUCUGGCUACCGGACAUUGUGCUGUACAACAACUGGGACGGCAACUACGAGGUAACACUCAUGACGAAGGCAACGUUGAAGUACACCGGUGAAGUGUUUUGGGAACCACCGGCAAUCUACAAAUCAUCGUGCGAGAUGAACGUGGAGUACUUUCCUUACGAUGAGCAGACGUGUCUGAUGAAGUUUGGCUCGUGGACGUACAACGGUGCACAGGUGGAGCUGCGUCAUCUGGAUCAGAUCCCUGGUAGUAAUCUGGUGCAGAUUGGGAUUGAUUUGAGUGAAUUCUACCUGUCAGUCGAAUGGGACAUUCUGGAAGUUCCGGCCAGUCGCAAUGAAGAAUAUUAUCCCUGUUGUCCAGAACCAUUCUCAGACAUCACGUUUAAGCUGACGAUGAGAAGAAAAACGCUUUUCUACACGGUCAAUCUAAUCAUUCCUUGCGUUGGCAUCACGUUCCUGACGGUACUGGUCUUCUAUCUGCCAAGUGAUUCGGGCGAGAAGGUCACGCUUUGCAUCUCGAUACUGGUGUCAUUGACUGUGUUCUUUUUGCUGUUGGCCGAAAUCAUCCCUCCGACAUCGCUUGCCGUACCGUUGUUGGGCAAGUAUCUACUCUUUACGAUGAUCCUUGUUUCGCUAUCAGUAUGGACGACUGUCUGUGUGCUCAACGUUUGGUACAGGAGCACAUCGACACAUAAAAUGUCACCCUUCGUCCGGAGGCUGUUUCUCGAGAUAAUGCCCAAGAUCUUGAUGAUGCGUCGGGCGAAGUACACGCUGCCGGAUUACGACGAUUCAACACCAAGCAAUGGCUACACGAACGAAAUCGAAAUGAGCGUUAGUGAUUUUCCCGGCGAGUUCAAGGAAGGCGGUGACAGUUUCGAUAAUAUAGGAGUUAAUCUUUCGCACGGUUCAGUCGAGGCAGAAAAUGUCAUCCCGAAGCAAUUAUCACCGGAGGUGCUGUCCGCAAUACAGGCGGUAAGAUUUAUUGCCCAACACAUUAAGGAUGCUGAUAAGGAUAAUGAGAUCGUCGAAGACUGGAAGUUCGUCUCGAUGGUGCUGGACCGUUUCUUCCUGUGGGUGUUUACCAUCUCCUGCAUCUUCGGCACGUUCGGUAUCAUCUUCCAGAGUCCAUCACUGUACGAUACGCGGGCCCCGGUUGACCAGCAGCUCAGCGAAAUACCGCUGCGCAAGAACAAUUUCAUGCUUCCGCCGGACAUAGUACGUAUCACGUUGGAUUAA